AUGAGUACAGCAGCAAACCCUCCGACAGAGACUUCCGGCGCCGUCAAUGGCAACGCUACAGACGUCUUCAAGAGGCUCCACCCGGCGCAAUAUCUGUCCCGCUUUUUGGCUUCUGGAUACCGGCCCGAUGGGAGAAGCGUAUCUGCCUGGAGGGAUGUUAGUAUCAACGUCGGAUCGAUAUCGACAGCACAUGGAUCAGCGUUGGUGAGAAUAGGCGAUACGACGAUGGUUUGUGGGAUCAAAGGCGAGAUCUCGGAGCCUUUGACCAAUGCGCCCAAUGAUGGGUUUGUCGUACCGAAUAUCGACCUACCAGCACUGAGUUCCCCGCAUUUCAAACCAGGACCUCCGGGCGAUGAGGCACAGACGUUCUCAAAUUGGCUGAACGACCUUCUUGUCUCAUCAAAGACAAUCCCUCAAAACAAACUCCUCAUCUCCCCCGGCAAAGCUGCUUGGGUCCUCUACAUUGAUGUGGUGUGUAUCAACUAUGAUGGGAAUGCGUUUGAUGCUGCUGUGCUGGCUGUUAUGGCUGCUCUUCGUAACACGAGAUUACCACAAGCUCGGUACGACGACGAUUCUGGCCGGACGAUCUGUUCGAGAGAGGAGACUUUCCCGUUGACUUUGGGGCGGAUACCACUGUCGGCAUCGUUUGGGAUAUUCCAAUCCAAAUACAUACUCCCCGACCCAACAUCAUUCGAAACGCCCCUCCUCCCCACUUCGAUCACCAUCGCCCUGGACGAAGGAUCCCAAGCAUGUUUGGUUAGGCAGGAGGGGCUGGGAGGUGUGGAGGGGAAGGGCGGGGAAGGGGUGUUGAAUGAAGUUUGGGAGGUGGCGGAGGGGAGGGUGCGGGAGUUGAGAAGGAUUCUAGAGGAGAGUGCUGAGUGA